AUGGAAUCGCAACGCCAAGCGCCGCCCGGAUACGCCUACGAGCACCAUCCCGAUAAUCUCAGAUUGCCUUCUGUUCCGACCCAAGACAUUCACAUAAACCACGCCCCCACCGACAUUACCCUUCCCGACCUGAAGUCUGUCCUUGCCGACCUUCCCUCCAAGACGGUCCACCCCAAUGUCUUGCUCAAUGCUGCCGCCGCAAGAGACGUGGACCCGCAACCGAGCAUGCCUCGAACCAGCAUCGAGUCCGACGCAGCUAGCAACAUGAGCAUCGAAGAGGGGACCCAACGCUCAACAAGCGUGUCAAUGGACGACCCAGACGUCCGCCUGGCCGCCGAAGCUCUAUCUGGUCUCGGAAACCCUGCCAGAACAUCAGCAUCCAAGCCUAGCCCUGCGAACGCUUCAGCUUCUUCGAACAAGGACCUCGAACCGCUAUUGGAUCUUCUCGUUGACGCCCACCCAUGGGUCGGAAAUACUGUAAAUGGUAGUUUGUCCGCUUACAACGCGACAAAGAAUUUCUCACCUCGUAUCGUCCGAUACGGUGUCCAUCUCGUAGAGCGUAACGUUGGCUCUCCUGUCGCUAGUACCGUCAGCAACCUCGGUAGACGUACUGGUGUCGAAGGAGGUAUCAGACGGUACCUUGAUAGCCGAAGACCCAGCUCGCCAGCCAUGGAUCCAUCCCAUGGAAGUAAACGUCGACGAGUAGCAUCCGACGACAUGGACGUUGACCGCGUAGACCCGAGCCUGCAAGACUCACAGGAGUUUCUACCAGCGUACCAAGCCAAUAAACCACCUUCGUACAGAGAGGAGGUCAGCCCUCAUGGAUCGGAGAGAAGCCGUGGUGUCGACAGACCACCUAUCAAUCGGAGCUGGUCGACCAAAAUCUUCAUCUCGACCUCUGCACUUGGUGUCGCACUUAGUGAUUCUUCCUUGCGAAGCCUUCAGUACUGCGUCAAGCUUCUCUCUUCAGCUACUGAACAUGUUGAGAGUGUGAUGAAUGCGCUCAAGAUGGUUCUACACGAGUACGACCAAUCACAAGAGACGUCACAACAAGACCGAGCCAGGCAAGAGAAGGAAAGAGAAGUUGGUAUCGUGGUUGAGAUUCAGAGCGUAAAUGAGCGCGACCAAUCAACAGAGAUGCUUGCGAGACGUAUCAAGCAGCUCUGCGACGACAUCUGGCACACUAUUCAGACUGUGGUCAAUUCCGUGUCGACUUACGCUGGCGGUGCUCUUCCUGAGAAUGCCCGCAACAUUGUCAAGGGCCAGUUGAUGUCCAUUCCUCAAAGAUGGCGUUGCGCCACACAGUCGGCAGAGGCAGCCUCUCCCUCUCAGUCGGCUACCAAGGCCGAUGGAGGCGAAGACGGCACAGCAAUUGCAGGUCAAAGCGCAGACGAAAACACCCGCAAAGCAGCCCACCGCAUGAUCGCAUUUGCAACCGAAGGUCUCGAUAUGAUGGCUCAAGUCAACAAUGUCGUUGGCAUCACGCUACAAAGUGCCGAGAACUGGCUGCAGAGCCUUGGUAGAAACAAUCGCGAGGAGGAAAUGAUGGAUGCUGAUGACCCGAAAGAGUCGACGGCUGAGUAG